UCACUAGCAGCACAGCGCGAUAAAUAGCUUAUUUCGAUAGAACUGUUCAAGAUCGGUUCACAGACAGAUAGCCAUUUAACUGCGUUGACAGCUCACUCUACACCUCAGAUUUCAGGAAGUGACUGAAGAUAAUUUUCCUUUCGUUUCCGAAUUGUAUUGCGUGCACGUGCUAACGUUAGGACUAACGGGAAAUUUGCCUUUCUCAUUCGAAACUGACGGGAACGUCCUUUGAAGUGGGAGCUCCCUGCCGGACCGCAGACUUGGUCUCAGUUAUUUUCUUGAUCCAAAUGCUGCAAUGGCAGAAGCCCGUGUCUCCCGAUCAGGUCACCUGCUCGGUGUGUCUGGAUAUGCUGAAGGACCCGGUCACUAUCCCGUGCGGGCACAACUACUGCAUGAACUGCAUUAAGAAUUUAUGGGAUCGGGGAGACGCAUCGGGACGUUAUAGAUGUCCGCAGUGCAGAAUGGAGUUUAAUCGAAGGCCCUUGCUCAACAGAAAUGCAUUGCUUGCUGAAUUAACGGAGCAGUUAAAAGAAUCAGCAGUCGGUUCUUCUCUGCUUCAGACGUACGGAGGACCUGACGACGUGCUUUGUGAUUUCUGUAUCGGGAGUAACCGAGGGGCUGCGACCAAGACCUGUGUCACCUGCAUGGCCAACUAUUGCGAGAAGCACCUCCAGCCGCACAAGAAGUUUCAGGCUUUAAAGAGACACAAACUGGAGAAUCCGACUGGAAACCUCGAGCAAAGAGUCUGUUUAAAGCAUCAAAAAGUGCUGGAAAUCUUCUGCAGAACCGAUCAGACGUGCAUCUGCUUAAUAUGCGGGAUGACGGAGCACAGGGCGCACGACACGGUGAACCCUGACGUAGAAAGAGCCGAGAAAGAGUUGCAACUGGAGAGUACAAAGAAAGACCUGAAACAGAAAGCUCAGGAGAGAAUGAAGGACCUGGAGAAAUUAAGAAUGAAAGUCAAAAGAAUAAAAAACUCUGCUAAGGUAGAAAUAAAAGAAUAUGAGAGGAUCUUCACUUUUCUGGUUCAGUCCAUUGAGAGGCUGAGGUUAGAGUUGAUUGAGGUGAUUAGAGUGUAUGAGAAGGGAGAAGUGGGAAUGGAUGAAUAUCGCAUAAAGCAACUACAGAAGGAAAUCGAAGAACUGAACGGGAAAGACACUGAGCUGGAACAGCUCUCAAAGACAGACAACCACAUUGACUUUCUUCAGAAGUUUCCAUCCAAAUGUGUCCCAUGUGAAGAUGAAGUCCAACCCUAUAUUGACGUUGACAAAGAUUUCCUUCCUGACGAUCUGAGGAAAGAUCUUGAUGUACUAAUAUCUAGUCUGAAGGAGACCAGCUGCUGGGAGCUUGUACAACUCAGUCAGUUUACUCCCUCUUACAUCUUGGAGAACGUGAGGAGCAAAAGUGUGAAGAGAAGUGCUCUUUUAAAAUACAAAUUUCAGCUCACCCUGGACCUCAACACAGCACACAGAAGCCUCCAUCUGUCUGAAACAAACAAGAAAGUUACACGGGAGUGGGGUAUGUCCUAUCCAGAUCACCCUGACAGAUUUGAGCGUCUCCCCCAAGUUCUGUGCAGAGAGACUCUGACUGGGAGUCGCAGUUACUGGGAGGUGGAGUGGACUGGAAAUUGCAUUGAAAUUGGAGUCACAUGUAAAGGAAUUGGCAGGAAAGGAGAGGGUAACGAGUGUCGCUUUGGAUGCACCAAAAUGUCCUGGAGUUUAUGCCAUUCUGGUUCAGGCUGGUGUGUGAGACAUGAUAACAAGGAAACUAAAAUCAAAGCCCCCGAGUAUGAGAGAAUUGGGGUCUUUCUGGACUGGCCUGCUGGCAUUCUAUCAUUUUAUUGUGUGUCAGAAACAGCAACUCUCCUGCAUAUGUUCAAUGCCAUCUUUACUGAAUCACUAUGUGCAGGGUUUAGCUUGAGUUCACGUUAUAAUUCUGCAAGUUUAACAAUUUUAUAGAUGAACACAUGUGCCCAGUAGGUGCUCUCUUAUCCAUAUUACUUUAUUUCAGUCUUCACUUUUCUUCCAUAGCAAUAGAAACUAAACUGUUAAUUGGAGACAAGUGAAUCUUUCAUAGUGUGGACGAAAAAGGCAC